AUGAAGAAAACUGGUGUAAGACUUGUGAUGUUUGCAAUAGUAGAAGAGAAAAAACAAGAUCAUCUCCUUUUCGUCCUCAAGGAAAUGGAAGAAUUAUGUGUAAAUUUAGAGAAAAAGAGAAAGGAAGAAAGGGAGAAGAUUGAUGGUUUGCUAGAGGACCUGGAGACAGGAGAUGGAGGAAGAACAGAAGAAGUAGAACAAAGUAAAGAAGGAAGAAGAACAAAGGAAAAAGAAAGAAAAGGAAAUGAAAGAAGAACAGAAGAAGGAAGAAAAAGUAAGGAAGAACAAGAAAGGAAAAAGAAGGAAGAAGAAAGAAAAAUGAAGGAAGAAGAAAUAAAGAAAGAACAAAAGAAGAAGGAAGAAAAAGUAAAGAAGGAAGAAGAAGAGCAGAAAAGGAAGAAGGAAGAAAUGAAAGAACAGAAGAAGAAGGAAGAAAAAGUAAAGAAGGAAGAAGAAGAGCAGAAAAGGAAGGAGGGAGAAAUGAAAGAAGAACAGAAGAAGAAGGAAGAAAAAGUUAAUCAGGAAGAAGAAGAGCGGAAGAAGAAAGAAGAAGAAGAGCGGAAGAAGAAAGAAGAAGAAACGAAAGAUGAACAGAAGAAGAAAGAAGACAAAGCAAAGAAGGACAAAGAGGAGCAGAAAAAUUAA